CACGCAAACAGAGAGAGAGAGCUACAACAAUGGAUGCCAUUGAAGUACAAUAUCCGAUGAACGGUGGUCAUGGCCCAAAUAGCUAUAUUCAGAAUUCCAGCUAUCAGAAAGGAGUGGUAGAUGCAGCAAGGGAUGUGAUCUUUCAAGUAGUUGCAGAGAAGCUCGACCUAGGAAACCCUUGUUUUGAUUCUUCAAACCCAUUUCGGAUUGCAGACCUUGGCUGUUCUACAGGACCAAACACCUUCUUUGCAAUGCAAAACGUAGUCGAAGCAGUGAAACUCAAAUACCAGUCCCUCCCUCAAACCUCCCCGGAGUUCCAUGUUUUCUUCAAUGACCACACAGACAAUGACUUCAACGUUCUCUUCAGAUCCCUCCCUCAUAACACCGGGGCAUCUCCGGGUUACUUCGCUGCUGGAGUGCCCGGUUCCUUUUACGGCCGGUUGUUUCCAAAGAACACUCUCCAUUUUCUUCACUCCUCCUAUGCCCUGCAGUGGCUCUCCAAGGUUCCCAAGGAAGUCCUGGAUAGAGACUCUCCUGCUUGGAACAAAGGCAAAAUUCACUACACAGGCAGUGAUGAGCAUGUGACCAAGGCAUUUUUUGGCCAGUUUCAGAAAGACAUGGAUGGGUUCUUGAAAGCUCGAGCCCAGGAAAUGGUUGGGGGAGGCUUGAUGCUGAUUCAGUUGCCUGGUAUUAGGAAUGGAGGCCUUUUCUCUCAGACUGGUGCUGGUAUGAUCCAUUUCAUCUUGGGAUCUUGCCUUGUUGAGAUGGCUAAAAUGGGGUAUACAACUGAAGAAAAAGUGGACACCUUCAACGUGCCUCAGUACCAUCCAUCAAUUGACGAUCUGGAAAUGGUGGUAGACAUGAAUAAGUGUUUUACCAUAGAGAAGGCGGGCGUGUUGGACCAUCCCAUGAAGCAUUUGCGAUUUGAUCCCAAAAUGACUUCAGCACAAGAAAGAGCAAUAAUGGAGGGAAGCAUAACGAAACAUUUUGGAAAUGAAAUAAUGGACCCCCUGUUCGAUCUCUAUACACAGAAACUAGCCGAAAAUUCAUCCAUAUUCGACAAGGAAGUCCAUAAAGAUGUUGACUUAUUCAUCGUUCUAAAACGCAAAGAAGAAUUAUAUUGAGAGUGCACAAAUAAA